AUGUUUUUAUUAAUUCCACUUUAUUUUUUUUUAGGGUAAACUUUACCUACAGUACUUUUUCAUGGAUUAGGCGAUAGUUGCUCUUGGUCUUUGCUUAAAUCAUUUUUUUCAGAAAUAAACGCUGAGUGUAUAGAAAUAGGUUCUGGACCAUCAUCCUCCAUUUUAUUAGGAUUUUUAGAUCAAGCUAAGGAUGCUUGUAUUAAAGUGUAGGAAAAAUAUGCAGGUUAAACAAUAAAUGUUGUUGGUCUAUCAUAAGGUGCUUUGAUUGGGAGAUAUAUUAUUACAGAUUGUGAUUUAAAAGGUGGAAGAGUGUCUAAGUAUUUAUCAAUAGGAGGUCCUUAAAUGGGUGUAUCAGUUAUUCCUCAUUGCAAUAGUUAUUUAUGUUGGCCAUUAAAUAAAGUAGUUGAUUCUUUAGUUUACACUGAUUAUGUUUAAUAACAUAUUGGACCAGCUGGUUAUUUUAGAAAUCAUGAAGAUUUAGAUUCUUAUUUAAAAUACAAUCAUUUUCUUCCUGAUUUGAAUAAUGAAAGAAAUCCAGAAUGUUCAAGGAGAUAAAAAGUAUAAGUUUAAUAUAUUUGAUUUAGUUUUCAUCACUUGAUUAAGUUAUGCUUGUGAAAUUUCUACAAGAUGAAAUGGUUCUUCCAAAAGAAUCUGCAUUUUUUGAAUCAGUGGAUCCUGAAACUGGUUUAGUGAUUCCACUAAUAUAAUCAGAAUUUUAUAUCUAAGAUUAUAUUGGUUUAAAAUAAUUAGAUCAACAAAGAAAAAUAAAAUUUAUAGAAAUAGAUGAUUCUCAUUUAAAAUGGACAGAUGAAAUAACAAAGAAUGUAUUUAUUCCUUUUUUAAUUUGA